CAUUAGGGGUGGAGUCCGGUGAGGCUGGUGCUGCUGUAUAACAUGCCGUAAGAGGCUGCAAGUUCUGUGUAGUGACAAUGGCACCCAAAAACAUUGCCCUCUUCGGGGCCACUGGGAUGACUGGGAAGGUGAUACUGGCACAAGCUCUUGAUGCAGGGUACAAUGUGUCUGUCCUGGUGUUGGAUCCCGCUCCCCUCCCUACAGAUAAAAAACUGGCGCGGAUCGUUGUGGGGGAUGUGCUGAAUAAGAGUGAUGUCUCCAAGACCGUGGAGGGACAGGAUGCUGUCAUAAUUGUACUGGGAAAAGGAGCUGACCUAGGGCCAACCACAAUGAUGUCGAAGGGGACUCAGAAUAUUGUGGAGGCGAUGAAGGAGCACGGGAUCCGCAAGGUGGUGGGCUGCAUGUCUUCAUUUGUGAAUUGGGACAUCGCCAAAGUCCCCUCUCACUUCCUGCCGGUGACUGAGGACCACGUCCGGAUGUACCAGGUCCUGAAGGACUCCGGCCUGGAUUACGUGGCCGUGCUACCUCCACUCAUUGCAGGUUACAAUGUGACUGUCCUGGUGAGGGAUCCCGCUCGCCUCCCUGCGAAUAAGAAACCGACGCGGAUCGUUGUGGGGGAUGUGCUGAAUAAGAGUGAUGUCUCCAAGACUGUGGAGGGACAGGAUGCUGUCAUAAUUGUUCUGGGAACAGGGGCUGACCUAGGGCCAACCACAAUGAUGUCGACGGGGACUCAGAAUAUUGUGGAGGCGAUGAAGGAGCACGGGAUCCGCAAGGUGGUGGGCUGCAUGUCUUCGCUCGUGAAUUGGGACAUCACCAAAGUCCCCUCUCACUACCUGCCAGUGACUGAGGACCACGUCCGGAUGUAUCAGGUCCUGAAGGGCUCCGGCCUGGACUACGUGGCUGUGCUACCUCCAUACGUUGCAGCUAAUAAACCUCUGACUAAAGAUUACACUAUCAAAGUGGAUGAACGCGGCGGUGAUGUGAUCUCCGUUCAUGACCUCAGCCACUUCUUCCUCCGCUGUCUGACCACCUCGGAAUACGAUGGAAAGAGAAUCGCCUUGUCCCGGGACUACUCUUAGUUGUAACAGCUCCCUCUGGUGGUCGUGCACCAACAUUUCCAGUCAUUCUGCAGUUGUCACAGAAAUAACCAGCAGCAAAGCUCAGUUGUCCAAACCAUUGUAUUAAAUGAAUACAACUCACAAAAUUCAAAUUUCAUACAACUUUGUAGUGAGACUUUCAGAUCUAAAGCACUAAAAUACCCUAAAUAUUGUUUUAAAAUCUGUUUUGCUGUUUAAUACCAGUGUGAAUUUUCUUGUAAAUUUCCAAUAAAUAGGUGUAUUUUCCAACA